CACCUGAUUUCCUGAGAAACAGAAAGUGUGCGUUAGAGACUGCCUUUGAGUACAUGUUGAGAUUGCUGGGUGCAGCUCAUCGUCACUACUCUGGACAUUAAUUCACUCACUUGCAGCGUCGAGUGCUGAAAGAACCAAACUUUAUUCCGAGUUUCCACAGCUUACAGAACCAGAGAAAAGGCAUGGCUGUCUACCAGCAGCCAGCCCAUAUGGUGUCAGUGACGACCACUACUACCCAGGGCCCUGGGACAUGGAGCACCGACGUCUGCGAUUGCUGCAGUGAUAUGGAAACCUGUUGCUGUGGUCUUUGGUGCUUCCCCUGCAUGCAGUGUCAGACAGCCAGUGCCCAUGGCUGGUGCUGCUGCAUGCCACUACUGGACGUCUGUUGUGUGGUGUCAUGCCUACUCCGCUCGUCCAUUAGAGAACGCCACGGCAUCCCUGGCUCAUGCUGUGACGACUGCUGCAAGUUGCACUGGUGUUACCCGUGUGUCUGGUGCCAGAUGAAUCGUGAGCUGAAGAUCAGGGGCAACCAUCCAGGCAACACCGCUGUGGUCACCACACAGGUCAUCAGGGGAUAGCGCUGAGAAGAGGCAUAGGGCAUGUUUGCCGACUGUUAUCCUUAAUGUCAUAAUGCCUACAACUCCAACUGUGUACUUUUGCAAAACAACAUGACAUGUACAUCAACUUUUAGCAGUUAGCACUGAGCACCUUCACAUUGUGUAGUAGUGAUGUACCGUUUGUAUUGCCUACAGUAGAUUUAGCUUCUUUCUUUUUUAGAAUUAACUUUGAUGUUCAAAGCCUGAUAUUCACUGUUAAAACCAGAUGUUUUGAAUUAAAUAUUAGCAUUUUAA